UGCACCUGAGAGUUGCAGAGGCUCCCGCCCAGACCUGGCCUCACCACCGGCCCGGCUGCCAGAGAGCCUCCUGGCGAUUUGAGCCCCAGAUCACCAUGGGCCCCUCCACCCCGGUGGGAUGCAGAGCCCUGCUGGGCUACCUGGCCCUCCUGUGGGCCCUCCCAGUUCCCAGCGACCAGGAGGAGGUAAGGCUGGUGCAGCCGGCUCUGGUGAUGGCGCGCACCAGGGGCUCGACUACCCUGCCCUGCCAGGCCUACGGCUCGGUCACCUAUGUCCACUGGUACCGCCAACUGGAGGGCCGGGCCCCCGAGAGGCUCCUCUAUCUGGCCUUGUCGAAGAGGGACGUGCAAUGGGAUUCGGUACUGAGAGGUGAUAAAGUCAAUGCCCAGGUGAACAAGGAUGGCAGAAGCUGCUUCUUGUCGCUGAUGAAGCUGGAGAAGGCUGAUGAGGGCAUGUACUACUGCGCUGCCUGGGACACUGUGGAAUUAUAUAGUAAAAUCUUCGGUGGUGGAACAAAACUCGUAGUCACAGAUAGAAGGCUUGAUGCAGACAUGGGCCCCAAGCCCACUAUUUUUCUGCCUUCAAUUACUGAAAUAAACCACCAUCAGGCUGGAACGUAUCUUUGUCUUCUGGAGGACUUUUUCCCUGAUAUUAUUAAGGUUUCCUGGAAAGAAAAGAAUGACAACAGGAUUCUGCAGUCCCAGCAGGGAGACACCGUGAAGACCAGCAACACGUACAUGAAGCUGAGCUGGCUGACCGUGCCUGAAAAGUCUAUGGAUAAAGAACACGUAUGUGUCGUCAAACACAGGAACAAUAGAGGAGAAACUGGUCAAGAGAUAUAUUUUCCUUCAAUAAAUAAAGUUGUCACCUCGAUUGUCACUACUACCGAUUCUCCAAACAAUUGUUUGAAGGAUGAAAGAGAAGGCACUGUUAGUGAUUCUACAAAAGCCUGCCCAGGAGUUGAAAGUGAAGCCACUGGAAUUAAUUCUACAAAAGCUUGCCUGAAAGAUGAAAGCAGUAAGUUUUGUACAUGUUUGCCUUUAUGUCAUGCCCAGCGCUGUUUUCCUCUGGAUAAACUUAACUUUUAAAUUUCCCUGGUUUAAGAUAGAACACCAGAAUAUCUGUUUAUCGCAGAACAGACUGAGCGAUAUUUUAUGUCAAUCUAUCAUUAUUUCUUAGGAGUCAUCCGAACAUAGCAAAAGCUGGUUUUCGUAUGGGAUGACUGUAAAUUAGAGGGUGCAGUGAUAAGUUCUGGAUUAUUUCAAGAAUGGACUUCAUUGGUGGGGCUUGUGUUUCUUAUUACUAGAGAAUCAUGAUACCAAAUUUCUUCUAGAUUUUUUUACGGUCUUUGGUCAUUGCUAGUAGAUAAUAACAUAAACUAAUACCUACAGAGAGAUUCAUACAUAGAAGGUGGAUGGAAUGUGUGUCAUGCAGUUUCUGUAUAAUUCUCGUAACACUCUCAUGAGGACGUACAUUUAUUUCCCCCCAUUUUACAGAUGAGCUAGAAUUAAGUCCCUUAUACCAAGCCACGCAGCUCGAGCUGAUAUUUCAACCCAGGCCAUUUGAAUUCCUCCUCUCAGACAUUGCUAUAGAGCAAGAAAUCCCCAAACCAAGGCCCUGAGGCAUAAAGGACAUCUGGGGAGGGGUGUUAAGUGCAUGGCUUCUGCCCAUCGCACGCUGUGGUUUGACUCCUCUUCUUUUACUAUUAGUUGCAUGAAUAUGGGUAAAUUAUUUACAUUUCUGAGCAAUACUGUCCUCAUCUGCCAAUAGGGAGCAGUUACACCUCACUCAG